AAAAUCCAAAGUUGUGCAUUCAUAAUAUAACUGCAGGGCUCAUUCUUUUCUCUCUUGGGUAGCUUUGACUCCUCUUUGUGGGUCCACCCUCUCACACGGUAACGUGACCUGGCUUUCCAAGAAAUCAAGUAUUCCUUUUUCCCUAAUUAGGAAAAAGAUGGAUCACGAGGGAUCGUAUGCACGCGGCCUUUGUGGCGCGGUACCCAACCUGCCGCCGCUGCACAAACUUCCACAAGUUAAGAAGCAAGAUUGCACGCAGGAUAUGUGGGACCAGGACAAGGCUGGACGAAUUGAUUACCCGCUUUGGGGAGACCUAAGUCGCGGCAGUUCAAACAUGAUGAUGCUUCCUGGUGCUUGGGCUGUGGGGGACGGACUUUUAUUGGAGGCGGAGAUGCACGAGGUGCAGUGGAGCGUGUCUUCCAACGCAUCGUAUGGUUCAGCUCCGUGGAACGUUGAGAGCCUUAGCUCACAGGUUGUACGCCUUGCUGGCUCGUUUCGAAGAAGCCUUGGCGGUUACAUUGCGGACCUCACCACCGCCUUGACCAGCGACACAGCCAUUAGUGGAGACACGGAACUCCCCGAGCAUACCACUUUCAUUGAGGGCGAGAUUGCGUGGAUGCCCCAUGCCAGCGCUAGCUGCACCAGCGCCGACAAGAAGCAGAAGUAAUAAUAAGGCCACCGGAACAGUCAGAGAUGCCCAUUUUUAGGACUGCGUCUGCAGCUUAGCUCAAUCACAGGCGCUAUGGCACUCGAGCGCAAAGCUUAUUAAGCACGUGUGCGGCAGCAUGAAACGUCUGGCGGUCAGGUUGCUUUGAUGAGUUGAGGCUUCACCAUCAUGGUUUACCUGCUGGCGUCAGGAAGUUUGGGUUGGGUGAGUCAAAUGGCAUUACGUAUUUUAGGUGCAUACACGUCGCGGAAGGGGCCCCAAUAGGGGGAUGGAGAAUCACAUAUUUUAAAAAACUCUAGAGCAAAUAACGAGCGUGCGGCAUCCUACCCUGCUAGCGCUCGAUUUAGGUCUUCCGCAAAUCUCAUGCGGCCAAUACAUAUGUCAAGGCAAAACCUUCAUUAUGGUCCAUUAUUUCUCGCACGCCUGAGCGCAUAGUUAUGAAUUUGAGUGUGUGUGCGUGUAUUUCUGUGGGGGGACCCGUCGUGGCCAAUUUCCCCCCGGCCAUUUAAAAGUCGAUGGCCGCUGCAUCGAACGUUUUAUUUAUGUUAAUAGUUUGUUUAUUAGUUUUUGAUGCCUAACCUGUUACCUUAUGUGAUGGCCUGUCAGUUCGUAAAAAGAAUGCACGCAAUGUCGCUAAGUCGACCACCAUAGGCGCUGUAUUUUUUAGCCUGGUUGCUGUCCUCUGUUCUCCUUUGUCGCGGCGUAGCACCUGCGACCUGCAUCUUAGGCGCGUGACAGAGCAGAUGGCUGUAUCACGGGGGAUACAGCUGGUGUGGGGGCGCAGUCGGAAUUUCGCCCAAAGUGUCCAAACUUAACUCCUAUUCAACUGCUUUGGGUGUCACUAUGAAGGGGAGUAUGAAUGUCUAUUGCCGCAAGGCAAUAAGCUUUUUGACUAGAUGUGUUUAUGCACACCAGAAAGGUUAAGCGGUGCGAACUGCACCCAGCACUUGCUGAGACUAUCGGCCAAGUUGUGCUGGCUGGCUUUGUAACUAGGAGCCCUAAUGGCUUGGUCUGGGACAAUAUUACUGGAGUCCCCAUGCUUCUGGAAGCGUCUUUUUAAGUUGACUGGUGC